UCUCCUUGCAGCGUCUUCGAGGGGGAGCUCUUCGGGACCAUCCCGGUGGUGCACGCCUCCAUCGCCGGCUGCCGCAUCAUCGGCAGGAUGUGUGUGGGAAACAGACAUGGAUUGUUGGUCCCAAGCAGUACAACAGACCAGGAGCUUCAACAUAUCCGCAAUAGUCUUCCAGAUUCUGUACGAAUUCAGCGAGUAGAAGAGCGUCUCUCAGCGCUGGGCAAUGUCACGACCUGCAAUGACUAUGUAGCUCUUGUUCAUCCAGAUCUUGACAGGGAGACGGAAGAGAUCCUGGCAGAUGUACUGAAGGUUGAGGUUUUCAGACAAACGGUAGCAGAUCAGGUGCUGGUAGGAAGUUACUGUGUUUUUAGUAAUCAGGGAGGAAUUGUGCACCCCAAAACUUCAAUUGAUGAUCAGGAUGAACUGUCUUCGUUGCUUCAGGUCCCACUCGUGGCUGGAACAGUGAAUCGUGGCAGCGAGGUGAUUGCAGCAGGAAUGGUUGUGAAUGACUGGUGUGCCUUCUGCGGGCUGGACACAACCAGCACUGAGCUCUCUGUCAUCGAGAGCAUCUUCAGGCUGAACGAAGCUCAGCCAAGUACCAUUGCUACCAACAUGAGGGACUCCUUGAUUGACAGCUUGACAUGAGCAGUGUUGGUUCCUACUUUCCAGAAAGUUCCUAAGGAGUGAAGUGUCAAGCUGCACUUUGGAUUACAGACAUCUGGACCUUCUGAUGUUGUUUCUGCAGCUCUACCCCAAAGAAGAUGCUACAAAACCAACGUUCUGUAGUGUUUUGUAAACUUAAGUACUAUUACAAAAACUGACAAAUAACAUACCUAAGUUACAAAUACGGAAUGCUCUCUAUCCCUUUGCUGACAUUUUCUGGUUCCUCAGCUGUGCUUUCUCAUUUUGUGAUGGUGACUGAGCCCCUCAAAUUAGCUCAUAAUAUUUACUCUUGUGGCUCUUGGAUGUUAAUCACUAGAUAUUAUUUUGCCUUAAAUAAUGGAUUAGUGUUCUGCUGCACAGCAGUCUGGUUCAGCAUGUACAUGGCACUGCCCUUUCCACACUCUUGCUGAAGAGUGUUGUUUCUGCUGUAGGUAGACUUGAGAGCCCCUUGUAUGUCCAAUACCAAAAAUAUAGUAGUUACCACAAAAUAAUUCAGAAGUCAUCACCUGCUGUCUUGCCCUGACUUGCAGCUAUUCCCACAGGGCCCGUGAUUCUGACGUGAUCAUCUCUGAGUAAAACUGGAGUUUUCCCAAAGUCAAGUCCAGGGGCUUCUGACAGCAACAAUGUGUGACUGCCUCUGGAACAGUGGUAUUUGUGCUGCUUCUGAGGCAUCUGCAAGAGAGAGCUUAGAAAAGCAUGCUAUUGCCAGUGGGCUUAAAUUUGUUCUACAGAAGUUAUUCACCUAUGCUGGAAACUCUGAGAAGUCAGCAAAUCAAAAAACAUUUAACCCACCUAGUCUUGAGUUAUCUUGGAGACAACAGUUAAGUAACAUGGUUCGAACUAGUUUACUCCAGUCAGAUGUUAGAGAUUUGAGAACUUGCUAAUUAAGAGCUGUGCCUUUGCCAGGCAGUGAUGAUGACAAAAAGGAGCUGUAGAUACUGCUUUCAGGUAGAAGAUAGUAAUUUGCUUCUAAACAGAGCUGUUGCUCACUGAUCUCUCAUUUCAGUUGCUCUUCUGCUUGCCCACUAAAGGUGUACUGAAGGCAUAGAAAUGCCUCCACUUCCCAUCGUAAGGGUAUGUGGAAGCUCCUCGUUGCUUCCACCCAGCUGCAUUGCUGUCAGCUGGGCUCUCUUGAGGAGUGAUGUCUUGAAGGCAGGGUACGCAGGGCUCUUUUUUGAUCCUGGUGCUUCAGGCUUUGUAAAAAAUCAAGUAAACUUCCAUUUUUAUUUCACUGUCUGGAUGUUUAGGGAAGUUUUAUAAGUUUGGUUUGAUUAAAAGUUGCUCCUUAACCUUAUAGAUGAAGAUUGCCAUAGGAUCUUCUCUGAUCAUAGCAGCCCUCUCAUCUGGUCUGUCUGAAAUGGUGGCUGAGCCAGGGGCUGCCAUUUCCACACAGCUCCUCCUCCUGCUGCUGCUGGGGAAGCCUGUGAGCAGCUCACAGCUCCUUCAUACUACAGCUAACAAAUUUUAGUGUUCAUGGCCCUUUUGCUAUUGUGGACUACUUGGCCUGGAACUGACUCCAGGUCUCCUCAUAGCUUAGAGUGAGAAGCUGCUUUCCUUUGGCCAUCACACAGAGCUCUGUUCUUGGGUGUAAAUGGCAAAAGGUCUGACUAUUGCUGUUGGUGUUAGCGUGUAUUCAUCAAGUGUGAAAUGAGUAACGCUGAAGUUCUCCUCUGCAACUUCUGUAACUCAUUCCAUUCUGAUUGAUAGACAGGAAUCCUGGUUUAUAUUGGUGACCUCGAUAUGUGUUACAUGUUAAAAAUUACUUGAGGUAAACAAGAAAAAUAAUGCAGUCUCUGUAAUCCAGAUCCUUAAAUAGAAAAGAUACUGCUGUGCUGUUGGGGGUUGUGAUAUGCCAAAGAGGACUGAAGACAGACAGCAGAAUGGGGUGUUGCUAACUGUGGUGUGUGACCUGUUACAAAAGUUGUGUUGAGGUUUCGGAACUGGAUGGUUGUAAACAUGAUACCUGUGCUAAACCAGGGUUUGGGGAGGUCUGACCUAGUGAGAUGGACCUCAGUACAAGGACAACAGAAACUAAUAAAGAAUGGAAUUAGUAGAAACAUGGAUACAUGAUGUCAUGAGAGUGUAGAAACUUGGUGUUUUCAUGGCAAGUCAUGUCUUGCAAGACCUGUGGAGUUUUAAAGGAGUACAUAGGGCUGUGGAGAAGGUCUGUUAUUUGUAUUUCUGACAGGCAUUUGGCAGGUUUUUGUGCCAAAGGCUUUUGAGCACCCUGGGCGAGUGAUCCCAUGGGAUGAGAGGGAAGCCCUUUCACAUGCUUGAGGAUGGGGGAAAAAGUAAAUGUUUAGAUUUUCCAGGAGUUUCACAGGCAGCUCCAUUGGGAGCCACAGUGUUCAGCGUUACUGUGUCCUGUUUAGGAGAGGCAGUGCAUUGGUGCAGGGAAGUUUGCCUGUGCUGACUGACUCAAGACUUGUAAGGACGAGGACUGGCCGAUGGCUUGAUCGAAAGGUAAGUUCAGUAAGCUGAACAUGAAGUGAAAUAUGUUGUGGUUAAGAAUCCAGAUUUCACACCUGUAGUGACAAACUGAGCAGUGCAGAGCAAAUGCUUGCCCUGAAGGUAUGUAUUUGAACGAGGACAUGCUCAGUCUUCAGUAACAGUCAAAAAAUAAACGGAAUGUUUGGAGUUAAUUAGGAAAAGCAAGCUGAAAGCAUCAUUAUCUGUAAAUCUGUCAUGCAUCUUUAUCGUGAGUAUUGUGUGUAGAUUAGAUACAAGUGUUGCACAGUGGUUGCCAAGAUUUUAUGCAAAUAUUUUUUGUUGUAAUGCUUAUCUACUCUGUUCAUUAAAUUUGGUUCUUCUGUAAACUACAAACUCCAAAAGAAGCCAGGAUAAAGGAGGAGUGAGAUUCUCAUGCUGAUUAUUUCCCAUGAGAGCCUGUCUAGCAGUGUCAGAGCUUGCUAGUGCAGGGCCAUGACGAUGAGGCUGAGAACAGCAGUGAAACAGUAAGGGAGAAACAGCAGUGGUGAAGGGUUACAGAAAGGCAGAAUUACAAGUGGCAGGCCCUUGGCCAUUGCACAGCUUGAGGCACUUAAAGCACUGUGCAACACUUCACUGACCCUUUUUAUGUAUUUUAUCUCAAGGGUGGCGUUCUCCAGUGAUGAUGCCAAAAGGUGUUAAGGAGUAGUCAGUAAAUCAAGUUCUGUGUUCCCAGUGCUGGGUAUUGCUGCAUGAGAUCUCAGGAUUCUUUAAUUGCUGAACUAGGAAGCUGUGGGUUGCAUACCAUGGCUAUGUACCACCUUUGCUAUUGGGUGGUGGAAGGCAACACAUGAUUUCAGAUAUUAGGAAGGGCUGCAGGAAUGAUCUGAGGUGAUUCCAUCUUGGACAAGUCUGAUACUAUGAGAAAGGUUGAAUCAAGCCUUGGGAUGUAUGUCACAGGAUGGAGAAGAGUUGUCCAGAGGUUUUUGAGGGAGGGAAUAAUGUCUUGCAACUCAAGGUUCAGUGAAGAAAUUGUAGGGUGUGCAGCUUUGGCUGCUAGUAUGAUUUAACAUCCAGAAACAUUUUUUCCAGGAUCCUUCACAGAUGUUUAUAAAAAACCUGAGUCCUCAUGGUGUGAGAUGGGAGAUGCCGUUGAGGUUUAAUAACUGAUUAUUUUGGGAACAGCUAAUCACUUUUACAGUGGAGGACCACCUCUGACUAUAGUGACGAUGUAUCCCAGCACAUUCCUGACUUACCUGGAAGAAUUACCUUACUGUUGGUGAAAUUACCCAAAGGAGUCAAAAACUGGAGG